AAAUACCUUACAACACUUAACAAGAUUCUCGAAUCUCCAUUAUCCAUUAUACGUCAUGAAGCUCUUAAUCACCGCUGUCAUUUCCGUAGUCGCUGCCGCCUUAGUUGUGGUCACCCCUAGGGCAGACGCUAGCCCAAUCCUCUUUAAAGGCCCCGAGAAAGUAGACAUCCCGCCAGGUGAAGGUGGGCCAAUCCCCUUCAAGAGCUCCGAGAGAGUAGAUAUCCCGCCAGGUGAAGGUGGGCCAAUCCCCUUCAAAGGUCCCGAGAAAGUAGACAUCCCGCCAGGUGAAGGUGGGCCAAUCCCCUUCAAGAGCUCUGAGAAAGAAGCCAGGGAUCCCCUUCAAGGGCUCUGAAAAAGUAGCCAUUCCACGAAGUGAAGGUGGCCUAAUCCCAUUUUAGGGCAAAAAAGCAGAGCACAUCCCAGUCUCUCGGACGCAGAGUCUACCCCUGUCAUCAGACAUCAAAGAAGCAAGCAUACCACUCAUGAAAUUGCUAACUGUAUAAAAUUAUUUGAACCUCUACUUCGAUAAU